AUGAUUGGGAAGGCUCUAAAGAAUGACGGGAAGCUGUCCCUGGAGGAGUUUCAAGCCUUUUUUUCUGACGGGACGCUCAACGAGGAGGAACUCGAGAAGCUCUUUCACACCAUUGACUCGGACAACACCAACAACGUGGACACGAAGGAGCUGUGCGACUAUUUUGCCGAUCAUAUGGGAGACUAUGAAGACGUCUUGGCCUCACUGGAGACACUGAACCUCUCCAUCCUGAAGGCGAUGGACUAUACCAAACGGGUGUAUGAAAGUGGCAGCAACGUGGACCAGUUUGUGACCCGCUUCCUGCUGAAGGAGACGGCCAACCAGACCCAGUCGCUGCUGAGCUCCGUGGAGAGCGCCGUCGAUGCCAUCGACGAGCAAACCAACCCCACCAGGCACUGCCACAGCACAGCUGCCCAGGGGCUGAUGGACGCCUGGCACGAGAGCCCCGUGCCCAGCUACGCCCCCAGCAGCCGGCUGGCGCCCAGGGAGCACGGGAGAGGCUUCCAGCUGGGUUCCCCCGCGGCCAAGGAGGAAGGGCUGGAAGGGCAAAUCAACAGGCUAGCCGAGCUCAUCGGCCGCCUGGAGGACAAGACGCUCUGGUUCGACUUGCACCAGCGGCUGUCGGACAGCGAGAGCGCCGCCUGCACGUACCUGCUCCUGGUGCGGGCCGAGAUGACGGUGGCGCACAAGCACCUGGGCGAGUUCUGCAGCUCCCUGAAGCAGUACCUGAAGAGCGUGGCCGGGGAGCGGGACUGCUUCCACGUGACCGCCGUGAAGCUGCCGGACGGCGUCACCUUCAUCGUCUACGAGUUCUGGGAGACCGAAGAGGACUGGAAGAGGCACCUGCAGAGCGCCGCCUGCAAGGGCUUCCAGCACGUCAAGGUGGACACGCUGAGCCAGCCCGAAGCCGUGUCCAGCGUCGCCGUGCCGGCCGCCUGGUGCGCUCUGAGCCGGGAGUGAGCUCGCCGCGGGGGAGGCGGCGGCGGCGGCGGCCCCGGCGCUUCGGGGCCCGCGCUCCUUCCCGCCCGCCGCCGAGGACGGGUCGCCCGCCUUCUGCGAUGGCCGUGCUGGGAUCGUGGUGCCGGGGGCGCCCCGCGGUGAGCGCCGGAGGCGUAAGCGGGGGCCCUUUGGCACGAAGGAAGCCUCCGUCUCGCUGCCGAACGGGGCGCGAAGCGGGGGAGCGGCGCGUAUGGGGGUGAAGCCUAGCCGCCUCGUGUGCGCCGCCGCUGCCGCUCUGCGCCUCUCGCUCCCGGUCGCGCGCGCGCACGCGGCACGGCGCGUUCGCGAGGCGAGUCCGUCCGGAGGCUUUCUGAAUAUCACCACGUCACGUAUUUAUUAGCAGCUGUACAGUAGAGCAACGGAGACGCUGAAUAAAGAUGCGAUGGGA